UUGUGCACCAAAAUAAAAAGCCUGAAAGAAAACUAACAAACACGAAAAGAAAACAGCGGACUUGGACAGUCUUUGGUCAUGCUUCAAGUGUUACCACAGGCAGUCACCCAGUUUGCAGAGCUGGUUGGUAUGGCAGAAGCCCUGCUUAAAGGUGUAGGAACCACGUCUACGUCUGCAUCCACCCUCUGGAGAGCAACAAACAACUCCUCCCCAGACUCAUUUACUUCAACAUGCAGUAACUCUAAUUCUAAUUGCAGUUCACCAGUUUCCUUGAAGGCUGAGGAAGAGCAUCAGGCUGAUAAGAAGCAGUUCAAGAUUGAGAAAUGGCAGAUUGCCCGUUGUAAUAAGAGCAAGCCUCAGAAGUUUAUUAAUGACUUAAUGCAAGUGCUAUACACAAAUGAAUAUAUGGCCACACACAGCCUGACGGGAACAAAAUCCUGUACUUCAAGGGACAAAGCCGGAAAACCAGCUAUGAAUCAGAAUGAAGUUCAAGAAAUCAUAGGAGUAACAAAACAAUUAUUUACCAAUACGGAUGAUGUUUCAAUUAGGAGUAUGAUAGGGCAAAAGCUAAACAACUGUACCAAGAAGCCAAAUUUAAGCAAAAAUCCUAACUCUCAGGAUAUUAAGUAGAUUAUUUUGGUAUUACAGGUAUCUGUAACAAAGCUCCUUCAGUUCUAAAUCUAGCAUUGGAUUUUGUGGAGAAUCUGCAACCCUCCUGGCAGUGAGCAGAGACAGACAUCUGCAGUGACAAGCUGUAAGACAUCGUAUCAUCACUGGGCUCCCUGAGGGACCAACAAGCUCGCUGAAGAAGCUGCAUGUAGGUAGAAUCCCUC